AUGAAUGAUAUAGAUGAGCAAGAAGAACCAGAAGAUGUAGAAGAUGUAGAAAACGUAGAAGAUGAGGGUAGUGAAACCUCGAGUGAACAACCUAAAAGAAAAUCAGCUCGUACUGUAGCUAAGAAAAAGUAUUCAUCUGAAGAGGAAGAAGAAGAGGAAGAUGACGAGGAGGAGGAAGAAGAAGAAGAAGAGGAAGAAGAUUCUGAUGAAUUUGAUGAAGCUGAUGAAGAAGAAUUCGAGGAUGAUGAUUAA